GCGCGGCACAGGAUGGACAAAGAGAUCAACAACAGGAAGUGUGAGGUCCUGCUGGACGGCAGGUUUCAAGAGUCAAAGUGGAGGAAUAUCCAGGUCGGAGAUGUGGUUCGUAUGAAGAAGAACGACUUUAUUCCGGCUGACAUCCUGCUGUUAUCCAGCUCCAACCCAAACAGCCUGUGCUAUGUAGAGACAGCUGAGCUCGACGGAGAGACCAACCUGAAGUUUAAGAUGGGACUCAGAGUGACGGAUGAGAGGCUGCAGGAGGAGCGUCAGCUGGCUGAGUUUAACG